AUGAAGGUAACAAUUAAGAAUGUGAAUAAAGAAGUCUAUAUAUUUGAAUUGAACGGAAACGAGAAGGUGAUUGAUCUUAAGAAUAUGAUCACCGAGACACAUAAGCAUCAACAGUCAUGGCAGACAUUGAUCUACAGUGGAAAGAUUCUAGAGAAUGAUAACACUAUAGCCUCUUACAACAUUACAGAGUCAGGUUUCAUCGUCUGCAUGGUCAAGAAGCCAAAGGAAGAGUCGGCUUCAUUGCCAGCAGCACCAGUGCCAGCACCACCACCUGUACAGGUACCAGCCACACCAGCUCCAGCUACAAACCCAGCACAGCCACCUCAGACUCCAGUGUCUGCUCCAAACACAAACGUUGUACCAAACGCCCCAGUCAGACCAGUGACCCAGCCAAGAGAGCAGCGUGAGAGCAACCUUACACCAGAGCAAGAGGCCACCAUCAAGCAGAUCGUCGAGAUGGGCUUUGCAAGAGAGCAGGCAAUCGGUGCACUGCGUGCCGCCUACAACAAUGCCGACCGUGCUGUCGAGCUUCUGUUGGCCGGUGGCGAGUUUGUUGGCGAUGACGACGAGGAUGAUCAAAUAUACGACGACGAGGAUGAUCAGAUCGACGACGACGAGGACGACGACUUGCUCGAGGGUGACGACCCAAUGGCCGUAGAUGGUAUCAUCGAUGAGAUCAGAAACAGUCCAUACUUCCCUGCUAUUCGCGAGUCAUUCAUUAGAAACCCAUCAAUGAUCCCUGAGCUGCUGCAACAACUCAGCCAGACCAACCCAGAGUUGGUUAGAAGGAUCGCCGAGAACCCACAGGCCUUCAUCCGUCUCUUCAACAAUGAUGCUGCCCCAGGCGAGCGUGGACAGACCGUUCAAAUUCAACUUACUCAAGAGGAGAGCGAUGCCAUUGACAGACUGAUAUCACUUGGAUUUGAUAAGGAUGAGGUAUUGGAGGCCUAUCUAGCAUGCGAGAAGGACGAACAACUUACAGCAUCUUAUUUGUUUGAGCGC